AUGGCUUUGCUGAGAGCAUCACGUAACGGAGCGCCUCUGUGUUUAGCCAGUGGUCAUCGCACAACAGAAGAAAAGCCUGGACGCCGGCGGGACCGGGGUCUUUCGUCGAAUGUGGCUUGGCAGUUAGCUACAUACUCCUUGAUCGAGGGUGCUGGUGGCUUGCUUGCUCUGAGUUUGGGGAUCCUUGCAAGCAUGACCGGUGCCCAGCCAGGCGGCGCUGAAACGGUCUGCAAUGGGCGUCCAGGUUCCACGAUGCAGCGGAAGCAAUUCAAGGAUCGAGGGCAGCAUUCUACAGAACCUAGAGAGCACAUGGAGAAGCGUUCUGUGCGAGUCGCGGAUAUACCAUGA